AUGAAGACCAAGGAGCUCUCUAAACAGGUUCAGGGACAAAGUUGUGGAGAAGUACAGAUCACGCUGACUGAUCUGGAGAAGCUAGAGGUCCGAGGCCGGGUGGAGGGACAGAAAGAAGAACCUGCCGCUCUCUACAUCCAUGAAGUUCAGGAGCAGAUCACAAGGGGCGGUAGUCCUGAGUCUGUUGGAGAGGAUGACGAGCUGAUUGUGGAGAAUGGAGAGGCGAAGAGUGACAUGGUGGAGAAACCGACACGAGGUGGACGCAAACACUCCCUGCCUCAGCAGUUAGACACUGUGGGCAUCCGUCAGGAGUACCAGAUAGUUAAGAAAUCAGCCCGCUCCCUGAGCACCUUUCAAGUGGAGUCUCCAUGGCGACUGGCCCAGCCGUCUAUUAUAUCCAACAUCGUCCUCAUGAAAGGACAGGGCAAGGGACUGGGCUUCAGCAUCGUCGGUGGGCAGGACUCUGCCCGAGGAAGGAUGGGGAUCUUUGUCAAGACUAUCUUCCAUAACGGAGCAGCGGUCGCAGACGGAAGACUGAAAGAGGGAGAUGAGAUUCUGGAGGUGAAUGGAGACUCUCUCCAGGGCCUGACCCACCAGCAGGCCAUCCUGACCUUCAAGCAGCUGAAGAAGGGUGUGGUGACUCUAACGGUACGGACACGUCUCCGCAGCCCCAGCCUGACUCCGUGCCCCACCCCCACCCUUCUCAGCCGCUCCUCCUCCCCGAACUCCAACACCAGCGGGGGCAACCCCACCCCAGUACCCCCCACCUUCGACGAACCCCCCGAAGCCCGUAAGGGACCCCACGGUCCUGGCCCCAAGGACCGCAUCAUCAUGGAGGUUACGCUCAACAAAGAGCCCGGCGUGGGUCUGGGUAUAGGGACCUGCUGUCUAACUCUGGAGAACUGUCCUCCAGCCAUCUACAUCCACAGUCUGGCCCCGGGCUCUGUCGCCAAGAUGGAUGGACGACUCAGUCGAGGGGACCAGGUCUUGGAGGUGGACUCUGUGAGUCUACGCCAUGCGGCCCUGAGUGAGGCGUACGCUAUUCUGAGUGAGUGUGGACCUGGACCAGUCAGCCUCAUCAUCAGCAGACACCCCAACCCCAAGGUUUCAGAGCAGGAGAUGGAUGAUGUAAUCACUAGGUCUUCACACAGAGACAGCCUGAGUAAGGACGGACACGCCUCUCAAACUCUAGGCAUGCCCUCUAAGAGCCCCUCUCUCACAAUGAAGGCCAAACAGGCAGAUGGCUCUUCCCUCAGCUGGACCAUGAAGAGGUUCCUGGAGCCCGUCAGCAGGCAAGGGUCUCUGAGUUCAGAGGCGGAGCUAUCUCAGUACUUUUCCCAGGAAGUAACCAGUCAUUCGUCGCUGUCGGAAACCAUGGCGAUGGGAUCCAGUGAUGACGACAUGCUCCACCACAGGAGCUGUAACACCUCAAUAGACGACACCCCCGCCACUCAGCCACAUGGGUUAAAAGAUGCCUCCGGUGUGGGAGUGAAGGACAGCAUGGAGGUCAGAACAGAUGAUAAGGCUCCCGGUGUCCCGGUGUUGAACCGGCCAGUGGAGACCACCCAGCGCCAGCCCAGCAUGUGUAGUCCUGGUAGCAGCUCCGUCCGCAGCCCACUGCUCCGACAGAGACGAGUCAUCUGCUAUGACGAUGAGGUCAGCGAUGAUGAAGAUGCUGUUACCCUGCCCUUCCGCCAGGUCGCUGGUCGUGUUACCGCCACGGGGGUGGUUGCUGACUCUGGCAUCAUGAUCUCUACGUCAUCAGUGGAGGUGGACGAGGAGAGUGAAGGCCCACACAUCCUGCUUCAUAGUAUCUCUCUGGAGUCAGAGGAUGGGGUCGCUUUCGUUCCUUCCUCCGACGCCGAAUCACCCUUCAUGCCUAUCCGUCGGUCGGACCACCACCAGAACCUCGGGGGAGGAGGAGGGUCUUUCCCCACGACAGGCCCCAGUAACCUGGGUGUGAGGAUGGACCCUCAGUGCCCCCUGGAGCCCAAGCACUCCCCUAAGCUGGAACACAAGGCUGUGACCCGCGUCAAGAGUAUGCUGAGCAUCGAGGCCCCACCCAUCCAGCCAACCAAUCCGCAGAACCAGAGACCCAAAGGAGAGGAGUCUCCACUGUCCCCAUCCUCCCAGCCUCUGGUCCCUGAGCCUGGGGUUGUCUCCAGCCGCUCCCUGGGCCGGCCUGGGUCUAACCCCAACCCCCUCUGUAAGAAGGGCGAGGCCUGCAGCGAGCUGGCGGGGGUCUGCACCAUCGACAGGGUGGUUCUGAGGAGGAGUGAGGAAGAGUCCUUCGGUCUGGACCUGGAGAUCAGAUCCUCUCCUCUGAAGGUGGUGAUCACUGGACUGAGGCUCGGAGGAGCGGCCGAGAGGGAAUCCCGGGGUAGGAUGUGUGUGGGGGACGAGAUCGUGUCGAUUGGGGACACACCCAUGUGCUCCUCGUCCUAUCACGACAUCUGUGAGCUCAUGCACAACCUUCCUGUGACGCUCACGCUGGAGGUCAAGAGGCCCAUGUCGGCUGUAGAUCGCCUGUCCAGCCUCAUAAUGUCAUCGGGGAGUUGUGAUGUCAUGGGAGCCUCCAGACUUCCCCAGGAAGCCAAUGGGGGGGCUCCAAAUCCAGGAAGUCCCUCCUCCUCCUCCUCCUCACUGACCAAUCACAAUCCCAAACCCACAACCCCAAUCAACCACAACCACAGCAAUGAUAUACCGGUCACCGUCAUUGAUGACGUCAUGACCAGACUAAGCUCCUCCGAUGUAAAGAGCGCCCUCUCUUCCAAUACCCUCAAAGCCCCUUCAGAAGCACUACGUACUGAGACUAUGGCCUGUAAGUCAUCUGUAGACAGCAAGGCCCUGCCAGAGAAGGAGAAAAGCACAGUUCAGACUCCUCCAACAUUGCCCAGUCAGUUGGAUUUCUCUGUCUUGGACUCUGGACAGAAAUGCUGCCUCAUGCCUGCGGGUAAAACAUUCUUGAACAAUUACUCCAGAAACUUUAGCAGUGAUCUCACAGACAGGGUGGAGAGACCCCCGGGUGCCUCUGCUGCCGAUUCGAACUGCAACAUGUACAACAUGGUCGGCGACAGUGAUUCGGAGAGCGAAGACACUGCCACCGACAACAGCCGUGGCGGUGCCGACGAUAACAAACCGGCGAGCCGCGGUGUCGGCCCUGAGCCCCAGGACACGGAUUCUGAUGAGGAGGAAGUGGAGAUGUGUUACAGUGAGGCCCAGCGGCCCAGCACUCUGAGUCAGGCAGCGCUGACUCACCUAACAGAUGGGCCAUUGUCUCCACAGCUCCCUAUCUCUAUCUCUGGCUCUGACGGCCACCACAGUACAAAGGAGACUGGGCCCUUUGAUGUAGCACUAGACUCUGCUGCUUCCUCCUCCUCCGCUGUCACUACUGCUUCAGCGGUCUCCCAGCAAAACGAAGACUGCUCUGUUGUAACAACCCAAUCCAACCCCGAUCACAAACCAUUCCCCUCACUGUCUCGGGGUCUGUCUGCCUCUGGCUCUCAAUCCUCAGGUGCCUGUCUGGCUGUGGAGGCCAAAGGUUCCCCCUGUAAAGUAAUGCCCCGCCAGUCUUCCAACGACACAGAUGCCACUACGAGCCCUGCAGAGCCUUCAGAAUGUGGCGUCAACAGGGUUUGUGACACUGUUAUAACACAUCCAAUCAAACCAAGCCAUUCUCCUUCGUUAAGCGUCUGUAGUACCCACAUUGCAGCAGCUAGCAGCAACAUCGCGCGACAGAGUCAGCAGAGGUCAGCCCGACUCCGUACAAACGUUUCACCGGCUGUGGCUUUAGGGAAGCUAUCUAACCCACAAUCGUCAUCAUCCCACUCAACGGUAGGGGAGGCAAUUCCCUCCAACUAUAGCAAUGUCUGGUCAGGCGCAUCUAAACCAUUGUCAACAUCGCUAACAACAAGAGACAGUGACAGAGAGAAAGUUCCCUCGUCAAUAUCGCUAACAACAAGAGACAGUGAGAGAGAGAAAGUUCCCUCGUCAAUAUCGCUAACAACAAGAGACAGGGAGAGAGAGAAAGUUCCCUCGUCAAUAUCGCUAACAACAAGAGACAGUGAGAGAGAGAAAGUUCCCUCGUCAAUAUCGCUAACAACAAGAGACAGGGAGAGAGAGAAAAUUCCCUCGUCAACAUCGUUAACAACAAGAGACAGGGAGAGAGAGAAAAUUCCCUCGUCAACAUCGCUAACAACAAGAGACAGGGAGAGAGAGAAAGUUCCCUCAUCAACAUCGCUAACAACAAGAGACAGGGAGAGAGAGAAAGUUCCCUCGUCAAUAUCCCUAACAACAAGAGACAGGGAGAGAGAGAAAGUUCCCUUAACAUCCCUGGACCUCAGGUUAGUCCAGAAUAACCCUACUAGUCCCUCUCUCAGGACGUCCGGUCCCAAAUCAGUCAACAACACUUCAACAGACAGUCCUCUAUCCAGCAGUAGCAGCAGGCUCAGAGUCAGUGACAAAGUCCAGAAGACCAGCAGCACUGCACCCAAAAUGAAGGGGCUCAACAUCAAGAGUAAAACCAAACCCCAGGAGCAGCUUUCCCCAAAACUAGCCAGAGCAGAAAGUCCGUCGGUUCUGAGGAAAGCCAACAACACUUCUCCACUCCAGUCUCCCAAACUGCAAGCCAAGAAGGUGGGCUCCCCCCUGCAAACCAGGAACGUGGAUUCCCCUCUGCUUACCAGGAAGGCAGCCGUAACCAGCAGCCUAAAGAGUAAACAGCAAGACCGGAGCAGCAGUAGUAGUAGCCCUGUCACGCCCGGAACAGACGGAGGCCAGGACAACCCCACAACCACUACUACGCCAGAACCAAUCAGCCAAUCACAAUCAGCUACCAAGAUGAAGGUAGAGGAGCAACGUCUACACAAAGAGGUGGAGCAAGGGAUAUUGACGGUGGCCAAGUCAAAAGAACGACCAGAGCCAGUCCCAACUACCCAGAGAACCUUCAUCGAGGUGCGACUCUCAUCCUCUACUCUUUCUCCCUCCUCCUCGCCUACACCAGUUCUGGCAGCAAAGGAAGUUGUGAAUUCAAAGGAUUACUCAUUUACUCAUACCACAAGUAUUACUCAACACAAGGAUCAGGUCAAUGGAAAUCCAAUAGAGACUAGUCUAUGGCCAGGAACCCCUGCAACCCCUGGCUCGGUGUGUAAUCUUGAAAAGGUCAACAACACUACCAGUGAAACAGCAGUGAACUCAAUAGUCCAAGAAUCCGUAGAUGGGGUUCCUUUGCCUAUGAGCAAUGGUCCCAUAGGCAUCUCUCACACGAACUGUAGUAUAACAGAGACGGAUGAAACUGAGAUCCUCAAAGCCAACAAGUCCAAACUGAAGGCGAUGGAGCGUCGUAGUUUCUCCACAGACAACAACGUCUCAGGGGAUCCAAACUCCUUCUCUGUCCGCCAGAGAAUCAAGUCCUUUGAGAACCUGGCUAGCUUCGACAAGCCAGCGCUCAAAUGUAUCGAGAUUCAGUCCUUCGCUCAGUCCUAUGCUCUGACGGCAACGUUGAAGACGCCUCUCAACCGGAGACUGUCUGGCUACAUGUCCGGAUCGGUGAGCUCCAUAGACUGUCGCUCGCUACGAAGGAGCUUCAGUUCGUGCGUCGACAACUUCAACGCGUUAACCCCCUUGACCCCAAUGUCGCCUCAGCUUCGCAAGUCACCGUCGAGCCUGACCCUCACAAACUUUGACCUGUUGACGCAAAGCUGCAGCACGAGCGAAACUCCCCUCGGACAAACCCAGGACAAACUUGCAGAUGGAGAAAGUCCCAGAAUCUCCCCAGGAGUUGUAACCCUAACCCCUCAGACGCCCCCGGUGAUGCGGAGUCGCCAGGCCCGAGGCCAUGCCAACCUGUCCCGGUCCAGACUGAGGGAGCUCAGGGCCCUUAGUAUGCCCGACCUGGACAAGCUCUGUACCGAUGACUUCUCCAGCGACCCAGGGACCAACGCCACCAUUAAGACGGAGCUGGAGGUACACCCAGCCAGGCCCACAGAGGUCGUUCAGAACCAGACAGGGGGCUGUUCCCCGCCUGCUAACCCCAUCGGGGUGCAUCCGACCAGGGCCAGCUGGGCGGACGCUGGGGCCAGCCUGGACCCCAUCCAGAGGAAACCCAACUGGCAACAGACAGAUAAUCAGAACUGGUCCAUCAGUUUGACAGUGCUGGCUGGCUCUCCGGUGGAGCAGAGUAAGCUGCAGGCGGUCCUGGCCUCCGUGACCUCCAAGACAGACGUGUUGGCACUGCUACAGGAGGCCAAGGCUCUCUCUGAGGAUAAAGAUGAUACCCACUUCGUAGUCUUCUCUAAAGAAGAGGGAUCCGGACUUGGUUUCAGUAUCGCAGGUGGAAUGGACCUUGAGCAGAAGUCCAUAACUGUCCACCGGGUGUUCUCUAAAGGCGUGGCCGGCCUGGAAGGUACCAUUCAGCGGGGGGACAGUGUCCUGUCCAUCAACGGCAGCAGCUUGGAGGGGAUGUCCCACGUAGAAGCCGUGUCCUGUCUCCACCAGGCUAGACUAUCCAGUCAGACCCUGGUGGUUAUUCGCAGGGGGAAGGACAAUGAAGGACAGAUGUCCCCGAGGCAACAUGACCUGUCCCACCACACCGGAAGAAGCUACUCCCUGGGGUGCAGAGAGAACAGGCCUGAGACAACUAGAUCUGUUAUGGGACUGGGAGUAGUGGUGGAGGUGGGUCCUGACGGGGCUCUGAGGGUGGAGCUGCUGAAGACGUCAGCUGGUCUGGGCUUCAGUCUGGAGGGGGGCAAAUCCUCGGCACACGGAGACCUACCCCUCAACGUUAAACGGGUCUUCAAAGGUGGUGCUGCGGAGCUGUCGAGGGUGGUGGACGUGGGGGACGAGGUACUGGAGGUCAACGGACGCUCGCUGCAGGGCCUCGUGCAUUACGACGCCUGGAACAUCAUCAAGGCCGCCAGCGAAGGCCCCGUGCAGCUUGUCAUCAGGAAACCGCGUACCUCUGUAUGACAGACAUACCACAGACGUAAUAGAACUAAUAUGACGUAACCAGACGUACCUCGUAGAACACGUAUGUCAGCUUGAGGUGACAUAUUGUAUAAUCCAGGACUUUUGUAUGACAGACAUACAACAGACAUAUCUCAGAGAACUAUACAUAUAGCUACGAUGGCUGAAAUGUUAUUAUUAUGACAUAUUCUGAUGAAACGGACAGACAUGUUGGACAGACAUUGCAAAGUGGUUAUUUUGUUAAGCAGACUGGAAUUCGGUCCGGAAUGUCAAAUAGAGGAUCAAAACCAGAUCGUGGAGUAUGAAGCAUUAUUUAUUUUAUUUUGGUGUUUCAUACAGGAGGACAAGAGACUAGUAUAGUGGUUUAUACAGGAGGACAAGAGACUAGUAUAGUGGUUUAUACAGGAGGACAAGAGGCUAUUAUAGUGUUUUAUACAGGAGGACAAGAGACUAGUAUAGUGGUUUAUACAGGAGGACAAGAGGCUAUUAUAGUGUCUUAUACAGGAGGACAAGAGGCUAUUAUAGUGUCUUAUACAGGAGGACAAGAUACUAUUAUAGUGUCUUAUACAGGAGGACAAUAUACUAAUAUAGUGUCUUAUUCCUGGAGGACAAUAUACUAAUAUAGUGUCUUAUACAGGAAGACAAGAUACUAUUAUAGUGUCUUAUACAGGAGGACAAUAUACUAAUAUAGUGUGUUAUACAGGAGGAUAUUAGACUAUUAUUGUGUUUUAUACAGGAGGAAAAAAGGCUAUUAUAGUGUCUUAUACAGGAGGACAAGAGGCUAUUAUAGUGUUUUAUACAGGAGGACAAGAUACUAUUAUAGUGUCUUAUACAGGAGGACAAUAUACUAAUAUAGUGUCUUAUACAGGUGGAUAUUAGACUAUUAUGGUGUUUUAUACAGGAGGGAAAGAGGCUAUUAUAGUGUCUUAUACAGGAGGACAAGAGGCUAUUAUAGUGUUUUAUACAGGAGGACAAGAUACAAUUAUAGUGUUUUAUACAGGAGGGAAAGAGGCUAUUAUAGUGUCUUAUACAGGAGGACAAGAGGCUAUUAUAGUGUCUUAUACAGGAGGAUAUUAGACUAUUAUUGUGUUUUAUACAGGAGGGAAAGAGGCUAUUAUAGUGUUUUGUACAGGAGGAUAAUAGACUAUUAUAAUGCUUUAUACAGGAGGACAAGAGAGACUAUUAUAGUGUUUUAUACAGGGGGACGAGAGGCUAGUAUAGUGUGUUAUACAGGAGGACAAGAGACUAGUAUAGUGGUUUAUACAGGAGGAUAAUAGACUAUUAUAGUGUUUCAUACAGGAGGACGAGAGGCUAGUAUAGUGUGUUAUACAGGAGGAUAAGAGAGUGUCUUUAUGGUGGCAUCUUGGAAUAUCUCAACAAGGUGUCGAAAGCGUUCCACAGGGAUGCUGGCCCAUGUUGACUCCAAUGCUUCCCACAGUUGUGUCAAGUUGGCUGGAUGUCCUUUGGGUGGUGGACCAUUCUUGAUACACACGGGGGAAACUGUUGAGGGUGAAAAACCCAGCAGUUCUUGACACAAACUGGUGCGCCUGGCACCUACUACCAUACCCCGUUCAAAGGCACUUAAAUAUUUUGUCUUGACUAUUCACCCUCUGAAUGGCACACAUACACAAUCCAUGUCUCAAAGGCUUAAAAAGUCCUUCUCUAACCUGUCUCCAGCCCUUCAUCUACACUGAUUGAAGUAGAUUUAACAAGGGACAUCAAUAAGGAUCAUAGUUUUCACCUGGUCAGUCUAUGUCAUGGAAAGAGCAGGUGUUCCUAAUGUUUUGUCCAUUCAGUGUAGUAUUCUAGUAUAAGUGCUGUUGUUAUUAUAGUUUUACUCUGGAUUUCAGAACAAGACAACCAUGUUUUGGUUACAACCUCUAGCUCGAAUACAAUCAUAUCAAACAUGCAAAAAUAAUAAUAAUCAAAGGACUGUUGUUUGGGGUUUUAUGUUAGCAUCGAUGCUAACUGGCUAGGUAAUGCUAAUCAACUGCCGCUUGUGUACAAUCAGCUAAAUCAGACUUCACUACAGCGAAAGUGUUUUUUUUUUCUCUUAAAAUGUGAUUAUUUUAUGAAUAACAUUAAAAUGUCACUUUGCCAUUAAAACCUUUACCUGUUAUUGGAACCAACCUUAUUUGAACCAACCGUAACCUUAUUAUGUAAAGGUAUCCGUCAGUUUACCCUGUAGGUAUCCGUCAGUUUACCCUGUAGGUAUCCGUCAGUUUACCCUGUAGGUAUCCGUCAGUUUACCCUGUAGGUAUCCGUCAGUUUACCCUGUAGGUAUUCGUCAGUUUACCCUGUAGGUAUCCGUCAGUUUACCCUGUAGGUAUCCAUCAGUUUACCCUGUAGGUAUCCAUCAGUUUACCCUGUAGGUAUCCGUCAGUUUACCCUGUAGGUAUCCGUCAGUUUACCCUGUAGGUAUCCGUCAGUUUACCCUGUAGGUAUC